AUAAUAAAAGAUAUAUUUAAAAAAAAAAAUCUUCACAAAAAAUAAAAUCUUAUUUUCUUUACAUUUCUUGAUUAUCAGUGAAAUUACACGUCUUUCAUUAUCUUUAUUGGCCUGAUGUAUAUUUUGAUGUUUGCCUGUAGCUCAGAGAGAGAAAAAUUUGAGGGAGAAUGGAUGCAAAAGCUCGAAAUUGUUUGCUUCAACAUAGAGAAGCCCUGGAAAAAGACAUCAAAACAUCCUACAUAAUGGAUCACAUGAUUAGUGAUAGAGUUUUAACACCUUUGGAAGAAGAAAAAGUGAAAAAUGAGCCCACUCAACAGCAUCGAGCAGCUAUGCUAAUAAAAAUUAUACUUAAGAAAGAUAAUUAUUCCUACAUAUCAUUCUAUAAUGCUUUACUACAUGAAGGUUAUAAAGAUCUUGCUGUCCUUCUCCAUGGUGGCCUUCCCGAUGUCUCUUCUUCCAAUGACAAAGAUUCAGCUGGUGGAAUAACUUCGUAUGUAAGAACAGUCCUGUGUGAAGGAGGAGUACCACAGAGGCCAGUUGUUUUUGUUACUAGGAAGAAGCUGGUGAAUGCAAUUCAGCAGAAGCUCUCCAAACUGAAUGGUGAACCGGGAUGGGUCACUGUAUAUGGAAUGGCAGGCUGUGGGAAGACUGUAUUAGCUGCAGAAGCUGUUCGAGAUCAUGUCUUCUUAGAAAGUUGCUUCCCCGGGGGUGUGCAUUGGGUUUCAGUUGGGAAACAAGACAAAUCCGGGCUUCUGAUGAAACUGCAGAAUCUUUGUAUGCGGUUGGACCAGGAUGAGAGCAGCUCCCAGAGGCUUCCACUUAAUAUUGAAGAGGCUAAAGACCGUCUCCGCAUUCUGAUGCUGCGCAAACACCCAAGGUCUCUGCUGAUCUUGGAUGAUAUUUGGGAUCCCUGGGUGUUAAAAGCUUUUGACAGUCAGUGCCAGAUUCUUCUUACAACCAGAGACAAGAGUGUUACAGAUUCAGUGAUGGGUCCUAAGUAUGUCGUCCCCGUGGAGAGUAGCUUAGGAAAAGAGAAAGGACUUGAAAUCUUAUCCCUUUUUGUUAACAUGAAGAAAGCGGAUUUGCCAGAAGAAGCUCAUAGUAUUAUAAAAGAGUGUAAAGGUUCUCCUCUUGUAGUGUCUUUGAUUGGUGCUCUUUUACGUGAUUUUCCUGAACGCUGGGGGUACUACCUCAGGCAACUUCAGAAUAAGCAGUUUAGGAGGAUAAGGAAGUCUUCAUCUUAUGAUUAUGAGGCUCUGGAUGAAGCCAUGUCCAUAAGUGUUGAAAUGCUCCGAGAAGACAUCAAAGGUUAUUACACAGAUCUUUCCGUCUUGCAGAAGGAUGUUAAGGUGCCUACAAAGGUGUUAUGUGUUCUCUGGGACAUGGAAACCGAAGAAGUUGAAGACAUACUGCAGGAGUUUGUUAAUAAGUCUCUGUUAUUCUGUGAUCGAAAUGGAAAAUCAUUUUGUUAUUAUUUGCAUGAUCUUCAAGUAGAUUUCCUUACAGAGAAGAACCGCAGCCAGCUUCAGGAUCUGCAUAAGAAGGUAAUCACUCAGUUCCAGAGACAUCACCAACUACAUACUCUUUCACCAGAUCAGGAGGACUGCAUGUACUGGUCCAAUUUUCUGGCCUAUCACAUGGCCAGUGCCGAUAUGCACAAAGAACUUUGUGCUUUAAUGUUUUCCCUGGAUUGGAUUAAAGCAAAAACGGAACUCGUCGGCCCUGCUCAUCUGAUUCAUGAAUUUGUGGAAUACAGGGAUAUACUGGAUGAAAAGGAUUAUGCAGUCUGUGAGAAUUUCCAGGAGUUUUUAUCUUUAAAUGGACAUCUUCUCGGACGACAGCCAUUUCCUAAUAUUGUACAACUGGGUCUCUGUGAACCGGAAACUUCAGAAGUUUAUCAGCAAGCAAAGCUGAAGGCCAAGCAGGAGGCUGACAACGGGAUGCUUUACCUAGAGUGGACAAACAAAAAAAACAUCAAGAAUCUCUCCCGCUUAGUUGUCCGCCCCCAUACAGAUGCUGUUUACCAUGCUUGCUUUUCUGAGGAUGGUCACAGAAUAGCUUCUUGUGGAGCUGAUAAAACCUUACAGGUGUUCAAAGCUGAAACAGGAGAGAAACUUCUAGAAAUCAAAGCUCAUGAGGAUGAAGUGCUUUGCUGUGCAUUCUCUACAGAUGACAAAUUUAUAGCAACCUGCUCAGCGGAUAAAAAAGUGAAGAUUUGGAAUUCUGUGACUGGGCAACUGGUGCACAGCUAUGAAGAGCACUCAGAGCAGGUCAACUGCUGCCACUUCACUCACAACAGACAUCACCUUCUCUUAGCUACUGGGUCAAGUGACUGCGUCCUCAAACUCUGGGAUUUGGAUCAAAAACGGUGUCGAAAUACCAUGUUUGGCCAUACCAGUUCAGUCAAUCACUGCAGAUUUUCACCAGACGAUAAGCUUUUGGCCAGUUGUUCAGCUGAUGGAACUUUAAAGCUUUGGGAUGUUGUGAAAUCAGCCAAUGAGAGGAGCAGCAUUAAUGUGAAGCAGUUCUUCCUAAGUUCAGAGGAGCCUCAGGAGGAGAUGGAAGUGAUAGUGAAGUGUUGUUCCUGGUAUUCUGAUGGCUCUAAGAUAAUGGUGGCAGCAAAAAAUAAAAUCUUUCUUUUUGACUUUCGUACCAGUGGUGUGUUGGCAGAAAUCCACACAGGCCAUCACAGCACCAUCCGGUACUGUGACUUCUCCCCCCAUAACCAUUUGGCAGUGGUGGCUUUGUCCCAGUACUGUGUGGAGAUCCUCAAGCUGUGGAACGUGGACUCAGGUUUAAAAGUGGCUGAUUGCAGAGGACAUUUAAGUUGGGUUCAUUGUGUGAUGUUUUCUCCUGAUGGAUCAUCAUUUUUGACAUCUUCUGAUGACCAGACGAUCAGGCUCUGGGAGACAAAGAAAGUAUGUGAGAACUCUGCUAUAGUGUUAAAGCAAGAAAUAGAUGUUGUGUUUCAAGAAAAUGAAGUGACGGUUCUGGCAGUUGACAAUAUACGACGUCUGCAACUCAUUAAUGGAAAAACAGGUCAGAUUGAUUAUCUGACUGAAGCUCAGGUUAGUUGCUGCUGCUUAAGUCCGCAUCUGCAGCACGUUGCAUUUGGAGGCCACGACGGAACCAUUCAGAUUUUAGAACUCCUAAACAACAGAAUCUUCCAAUCCAGGAAUGGGCACAAGAACACUGUAUGGCACAUCCAGUUCACAGCUGAUGGGAAGACACUCAUUUCAAGCUCUGAUGAUUCUACAAUUCAGGUAUGGAAUUGGCAAUCAGAGGAGUAUUUCUUCCUGCAAGCCCAUCAGGAAACAGUGAAAGACUUCAGGCUCUUGAAAAAUUCAAGACUGCUUUCCUGGUCAUUUGAUGGAACGGUGAAGGUGUGGAAUAUCACUACUGGAAGAAUAGAAAAAGACUUCGUCUGUCACCAGGAUACUGUACUUUCUUGUGAUAUUUCUCCUGAUGCUACCAAGUUUUCAUCUACCUCUGCUGACAACACUGCAAAGAUUUGGAGUUUUGAACACCUUUCCCCUCUUCAUGAAUUGAAGGGCCACAAAGGCUGUGUGCGCUGCUCUGCCUUCUCUGUGGACAGCACCCUGCUGGCAACUGGAGAUGACAAUGGAGAAAUCAGGAUAUGGAGUGUCUCAGACGGUGCGCUUCUUCAUUUGUGUGCUCCUGUUUCCAUAGAAGAAGGAGCUGCUACCCACGGAGGCUGGGUGACCGACCUCUGCUUCUCUCCAGAUAGCAAGACGCUGGUCUCUGCUGGAGGCUAUCUGAAGUGGUGGAAUGUUGUCACUGGGGAAUCCUCACAGACCUUCUACACAAAUGGAACCAAUCUUAAGAAAAUACACGUGUCCCCUGACUUCAAGACAUAUGUGACUGUUGAUAAUCUUGGUAUUUUAUAUAUUUUACAGAUUUUAGAAUAAAAUAGUUAAGCACUAAUGUAAGUUGAACUCUUACAUUAUUGGAAAAUAUUGUGGUGAACCCUGUAUUUGAACUUUUUCUAAAGCUGUGAAUUGUUUACAGUAUUGCAUUCAUUAUGGAAGUGUUUGUGGUUGGGAGACUGAUACUAUUGUAGCUUUUUCCCAAAUGAGCACACCUUUAAUCUUGUUCUUCAUAAUCAUCAUCAUUAUUUUUAACAGUUUGUCUUUAAGAUGCAAAUGAAAAUGUAAAUACAUACCUCGUUAUACUGUUGGUAAAAUUCUCUCUUGAUACGUUUAAAUUGGUUGACAUAAUUAAUGAGGAUAAUUCGAAGGAAAUACAUGUUUUAAUACUAUCAUUAUGCAGGCUGUGCCACAGAGUAGUGCUGGCCUGCUUUCUGAGCCACACUUACCCCACCGGGGUAUACUUUUCCCAAAUACAAUCUCAGCGCUUAUUUGCACUCCUUAAAUUAGCUUUAAAAAUAUUGUGUCUGUGUGCAUAAUUUGUAGUGUUUCUUUUAAUUCACUAGACAAGUGAGUCUUGGAUUUCAAAGUUCUUUCUGUAGAGUGAGAAUUAUGUGUGUUGGAGAGAGUUGAUUUUAUUGGCCUGCCUUUCCUUUCUAGCUGAGGAUAGCCCGUGCCAUAGCGGACUCAGCCUCUGAGCUCACUGGGCACUGUCCUGCUCUCUCUGGUUUUUACACACCAGACCUUCUUUCAUCUUCACUUUUUUCUUUUUUAAAGCAGUUGCUCCACAGUGAGACAUUAGUAAGUCAGAUUAAUUGGGGAGGAGCCCAUUUUAAUAACAGAAUUUUUCUAAGAAAUAUAGAAUAGUAAAAAAAUAAUUUUCUUCUAAUUCUACUAACUUUGAGAUGAAUGGCAACGUCAGUGCUAUUCUUUUAGUGAAUUUCAAGAGAAUUCUCAGAACCAGAAGUCAUCGUGACUCUGGUGUUACCUUUAACCCUCCAACCAGCCCGUCUCCCUUCCCUUCUCUCCAGAUCUGCUUCUCUCCCCGCCUCCCUCCUUCCCUGGGAGGUUAAUCAGAAAAGGUAGCUUCUGACUGGAAAAAAGCACGUCAGCGUCAAUAAUUAGCUUUUUUGAACUCUUGAUUAGGAAACUUAAUUGCAGCUUAAAUCUAAACAAUGUAUUUUCCCAGAAAUAUAUUGUUAAGGGAAAUGCUGAUAAAUUAAUAAUAGAUGUGGUUGCUCCAUAAAAAAAAAUAACCAAAAUUAAAAAAUUAUUGUUGCUGUAAAUCAAAUGGGUAUUGUCAGCAGCAGCAGGUAGGCCAGUUUUUAUUAUUAUCACAUAUUAGUAGAUAUGGGUAGGCAGGAGAAAUAGACCACUCCAGAUGUAUUUUAGAUUAGAUAUUCCUAUUUAGAAUUCCAGAGAACCAUAGAGUGAAUGAAAUCUUUUACAUUGUUAAGGAAUUUUUUUAAUGGGUUGAGGAACUAGUUAUAGUCUUACUGUGAUUUAAGCAAAUGUGAUGUACAGUCUUAAUUUUAUAAAAGAAAUGUCUGGAAUGGUAUGUUCUGCUUAGAGUAUCCUCAUCAUAAUUUGAUCUGCAUACAAUGUUUAGAAACUCAUUCGUAGCUCAGAGUAUAAAGUAUUAACUUUGGAAUUGAACUCACUUGACUGUUAAAGUAUAACAACAAACAUCAGCUUUUAAAAGGCCUUGAUUGGCCUUUGUCUUAAAAAUAAAAAGAAAAAUGGGAAGAAAGACAAGGUAAGAUGAGGAAUGAAGAGAAGCUAGUAGGAUGCAGCUGCAAAUUCCAUGGCAGCUUGUGGCCAGUUUGGGGAGGGGGGGAUUUCUUUGUACUUGCAGAUAAGCACUUUGCCCUGCUUUUUCUUUUUGUAUGGAAAAAUUACAUUGCAUUUUAUAUUAAAAAAAAUUUUUUUUUUUUGCAUUGUGUCGUCUUAUAUGUUUUGAAAAUUGUUCAUUUUGUAUUUAUAAUACAGUUUACAUGAUUGUUUUUGGCCUUGGUACACAUUUUAAUACAUGAAUGAAAAAUGUUUUGUAAAUAAAAUUCCAAAAAUAUUUUUGAAAAACA